AUGGGUUUGGUUAAACCAGCUCGUCAGAUCGCCUCGCUCUCGGUGGAUUUUCUGGUCAUCGGAGCUGGCAUUGCGGGUCUCGCGUGUGCUAUCGCGCUUAGGAGGGUUGGGCAUCGAGUGGUGGUUCUGGAGAAGCAUGAUUCUAUCACCAAGGCCACGGGCGGCUGCCGUAUGCCUCCCAAUCUAUCCAAGAUUCUGUUUCAUUGGGGCUUGGAAAAGGAGCUGCGUAAGAUCUCGUUGAAGUCUCAGGGGAUAGCGUUGAAUCUAUUCGAGACUGGGGAGCUACUUGGAGAACACAUCUGGGAUGAGGAACUACUACGCGAAUCGCGAGGGGAGUUCGUCUUUGCACACCAUGCCGAUUUACGACAACUGCUAUACGAUACUGCCCUAUCAUGCGGUGCAACUAUUCAUCUAAACACCACCGUCGCCGCGGUAGAGCCUGAAGCAUGUCGCGUGCGACUAUCGACGGGGGAAGUCCUCGAGGCGGACGUUAUCGUUGGUGCGGAUGGGCCGUCAGGGCUAUCAAGACAAUUAUUCGAUCAAGGCGAAAGUGUACAUCGUAUGAACAUGUACAGCGCGACGAUACCCAAAGAACUCAUUGUACAGGAUGAAGACCUUUCUUUCGUUUAUGAUGGAAUUUUGAGAUCAAUGUUUGCUUGGUUUGGGGAUGGAAGAAGUGUACUGGGCUUCCCUGCGGGAGGCAAGGCUGAUUUCGCGCUGUUCAUUUAUUGUCCAAAGGAUGGUAAUGAAGGGUCUUGGGAAGAGAUUGCACCGUUAUCUGCGAUGCAAGAGGUGUUGGAAACUGCAGAACCGCGGCUGAAGAAGCUUGGAAAACUCGCUCAAUCGCCAACAUGUAUUGCCUUCAAAGAAGUGCCAGACCUGGACGACUGGGUACACGAAUCUGGCCCACUAGUCUUGGUAGGUGAAGCUGCAAAUCCACUACCCCCCGGUUCCAUCCAAGAAGCAGCACUAGCAAUCGAAGACGGCGCCGUCCUCGGCAAACUCUUCUCCCACCUGCACUCACGCUCCCAAAUCCGCUCACUCCUAUACGCGUUCCACGAAAUCCGACACGACCGCUGUUCCCGCGUGACUAAAAAAGAGAUCGGGGAUAUACAGUUCAUGUGCCUUCCUCCAGGGGACUAUCAGCAGAUGCGCGACGAUGUGAUGCGUGCGAAGAGGGACGCGGGGAAGGAUGUGUUGGAUUCGGAUGCGGAUACGGGGGAGGAGGAGGAGAAAGGGAAAGGGGUGGGCUCGGCGGAGUGGGCGGAGAUUGUUGAUGUGUUUGGGUAUGAUGCAGAGGAUGAUGCUGAUAAUUGGUGGGUUAUGUGGGGUCUUUUGAGGGAGAGGGCUAGGGAGGAUGUGGAUAUUGCGCCGUGUAAUGUGAUGACGGAGCAGGUGGUCGAGUUUGAGCAAGCGCUGGCCGUUGUUGACUCAGAGGCGUAA